AUGCGCGCGCGCAUCACGGGGGCGCGCGCGGCGCGCGGUGACGUGCUCGUGUUCCUUGACGCGCACUGUGAGGCUGGCGCCGAUUGGCUGCGGCCACUGCUGCAGCGCGCACGGCACAAGCGCGACGCCGUGCUCACGCCCUUGAUAGACGUGGUCGAUCAGACCACCUUCCAGCUAGAUGCCGCUCAGGAGUUUCAGGUAGGAGGCUUCACGUUCAUGGGUCAUUUUACGUGGAUAGAUGUCCCUGAGCGAGAGAAGAAAAGACGCGGCUCUGAUAUUUCACCCACCUGGUCUCCAACGAUGGCGGGUGGUUUGUUCGCCAUCAACCGCGCGUACUACUGGGAGCUGGGCGCCUACGACGAGCAAAUGGCGGGCUGGGGCGGGGAGAACCUCGAGAUGUCCUUCAGGAUAUGGCAAUGUGGCGGCACACUAGAGACGAUCCCGUGCUCCCGCGUGGGCCACGUGUUCCGCAGCUUCCACCCGUACGGGCUGCCCGCACACUCCGACACGCACGGUAUAAAUACAGCUAGAAUGGCUGAAGUGUGGAUGGACGACUACGCUGAACUGUUUUACCUUCAUCGACCGGAUUUGAGGAAAAAUCCCAAAAUCGGUGACGUGACCCACCGCAAGGUGCUGCGCGAGAAGCUCAAGUGCAAGAGCUUCCAGUGGUACCUCGACAACGUGUACCGCGAGAAGUUCGUGCCCGUGCGCGACGUCUACGGGUUCGGCAGGUUCAUGAACCCGUCGUCGGGCGUGUGCCUGGACACUCUGCAGCGUGAGGGGGCGGCCCCGCUAGGCGUCUACGUCUGCCACCGACGCCUCGAGCCCACGCAGCACCUGGCGCUCUCUCGGCGUGGCGAGCUGCGCGACGAGGAGCGUUGCGCCGAGGUGCAGUACGCGCGGAACACGGGGGAGGAUGGCGACGAGCCCGGGCGGAGAGUGCUCAUGGCGAUGUGUCACGGCCGACAGCGCGGACAGAAAUGGCGGUACCUGCCGACCAAGCAGCUCCAGCACGUAGACAGCGCCCUCUGUCUACAGGCGGUGUCCUCAGGCGAGGACGUGCGUGCGGCCCCGUGCCUGCGCGCGCCCGCCCACUCCCAGCAGUGGGAGAUCGACUAUAGCGAGAUGAACGGGUUCCGGAUCACUGACGACGCAGAGCCGAGUGAGCAAGAAUUAAAACUUCGUAAACUGAGAGGACAACGCCGCAUCUCCCGAUCUCUCCUCGAUUAUUCCGAGCCGAAUUCCACGCGCCGACACAAACCCAAACAUAAACGCAAAAGCAAGAAAAAUAAAAACAACAAAAACAAACACAAAAGAAACAAAAAGAACAAGUUCGUGUUGAAACUUCUCCGCAACAACAGUCAUGUGGAGGAACACCUCGAAGUGGACGUGUAUUGCAAGCACAGGAGGCUCUAUCCGAACAAUAGUUUCGUGAGGGAUCUCGUGGCCAUUUUAAAUGCGAAGGAUAUUAAGGUGAUCAACAACGGGCGUAUCUUCCAGCACAACAAAGUGAGAGAUCUGAUAAAACGCGAGCACCCAUCCACUACGACGGCCGCGCUCUCCGCCACUCCACCUGAUAUUGAGCCAAAGUCUCCAAAAAAACGAAAACACAAAAAGCACGACGUGCAUCCUGUAGCUGCGACUAAUGACGUGGAAGUUGCCGAAAUGGCCGACAUAGAUGCUGAAAUGGCCGACAAGGCCGACACAGCUGAUAUGGCCGACAAGACUUUUGAAAAGAGCGUGGUGAACCCGAAAAACAAGAUCAUUAUUGAAGAAUUCGUAGAAAUAACAACUAAAGCGACGACUAAGCGGCCAUUGAAAAAGAAGCACAAGCGUGUCCGCCCCGCCGCACCCGCCACCAUUGUCCCUGACUGGGAGAAAUCUACUCCAAGGGACGAUGCGUCACUCGAAGACUCCCAAUUGCUCGCGGCGGAAGAGGGGAAGAGCAGGGAGACAUGGCCUUUGGUGAAGCCCUACGUUCUCCCGCGCGCCCCUGCUCGCCGCGGCUCUGCGCGAGAACAACAGACAAAUGAAGCGAGCCCGACGCCGGUGAAGUUGGUUAUGAGGAGCAACCUCACCUUCGACUUCGGCGAUGAGUUCUUCAAGUGGCAGCGUGCGGCCGGUGGGGGGGCCGGCUUGGAUCUCGCGAGUCUCCUCGGCGGACUUAUCAUCCCGGCGAACUUAUCUGACACAAAUUCCAAUGAACACAAUAACAAAGUGUAUGCGAUCAUACACAAAGACACAACCAGUGAUAUUGACAUGAAAGAUCAGUACACAAAGAGAGAAAGAGAUGCAGAUAGUGAUAGAGAUAUAAAGAUAGAAAGAGAUGCAGUGAGUGAUAGGGACGUAAAGAUAGAAAGAGAUGCAGUGAGUGAUAGGGACGUAAAGAUAGAAAGAGAUGGAGAUGAUGAUAAGGAUGUAAAUAAAGAAAGAGACGAAGAUAUAGAUAAUGUGAGAAUUCGAGAGAACGAAAUAAACCAAGAUUCAUCUGAAUCUUCUGAAAGUGGAAGCGAA